GAUCUUCAGCUUGAUAUUGUUGCCCUCGAGACCCCAACACAGUCACAGCUCGGUCAUUUGUCGCAGCAGUCUGGUGCCCAAAAAGAGCGAUCGCAACGAUCAGUAGUCCGUCGAGUUUCCGCUUUGCAUAAAUGGCAAAUAAUUGCCACCGCCCUCGUUCGCGGUGCCCGGGCAGUGUCUCGGCCAACCACCAACACCAACCAAGUGCUUGUGCUUUGUUUUAACGAUUACACAAAUAAUUGCAUUUCUCUUUGGGUAGCAGCGCUGUUCCGAGUGCACAGCACAGUAAAUUAGAAAUGGGCGUUAAUUUGGUUGUGAGCAAGAUAGCGAGCGUUUGCCUGGUCUGUGUAGCCCGGCUUCCGGAAGUCAAUCUGUUAUAUUAUUCCCCACAAAUUUUAGAAUUGUGAAGGCUCCCACAGUACACAGAUUCCAUAACUCAAAGCCAAAGUUCCCAUGGAUCGCAGCUUGGACUCCAUUGGCAGCUGUUCACUCGAUGUAGAUGCGGACUCUUCCGAUAUAUCAGAUACCAGUGGCAGCCUAAACUUUCCAACGCCGCUUUCUGUGAAGGACAUAACACGCGAGUUCACUGCUAACCUUCGUGAACGCUGCAUUCUGCGAUCGCCGCAGCAGUUACAGUACACUACGACCGCCUUUGUAGAUCCCGGGACGGGCUUGGUGCGUAUGGUGCUGUCACCUGUUGCCGUCGAACCCGCCAAUGAGCCGAACGCUGCAGGCGUCGAUGUUGACAUCGAUGCUUGCGCUGAAGCCUCUUCCAUUGUCACCGCCACCGCCACCGCCGCAGCUGAGAAAAAGCCUAGCUACUUGAACUUGGCCUGCAGCGUCAACGGAUACUCCAAUCUAACCACCUACGACUCGAAGAUUCGUCAAGACAUAAAUAAGUCGCGUGAGGUCUCGCCCAUCCGCCCCUCCACCAGUAGUCUGCAGUAUUGCAAGCGCAAUAAUUCCCUGGCGGCUCCAGUUCUCAAUAGCAUGCCGCUCAUCACUCAGCCCUGCACGCCCAGCAAGUACAGCCUGGUCGAGGCGAGCAACAAUAAUAAGGGGCACGGUCCGGAGAAUGGAGCAGAUUCUGGUAUCGCCCAAUGUAAUGGCAGUGCCAAUGGAAGCAGCAGCGGCACGAAUGGCUCAACUAGCAGCUUCAUAAAGUCGCGUGUUGAGCGCCUAUACGGCGCGAGUGCUUUGACCCAAGGAUUCUACAGCCCCAAGAAACAUGGCCGGGCCAAUUCACCAUCUUCAGCGUGGACGUCAAAGUAUCAGCUUGAAGUGGAGUGCCCGCAAAACUCGGAGUUGGCGCGAAAAUUUAAACAGCUUUCUCCCAGCAAGGACUACGGAGAAUUCCGGAAAAAGCUGCACAAUAAUUGCUCCCAGGCUGUAUCGCCGAGACAGAUAGAGCCUUUAUCAGGCAAAAACGGUGAAGUGGACUUGCCUGUAUUCAGGCACCUAAGUCAUGAGUUCCGUGCCCAGUUACCCACGGUAUCGCCGAAGCGAAGUGUACCUCGGUCCUUAGGUGCCUCAGAGGUGAAUCUGGCCACAGAGGAACCACAGUCAGCACCAGCUCCAAUCGAUGUUGUUGACCACGAGCCCGUAAAAUUUGCCCAAUUGGAUUCUGAGCAGUAUAUUGGGAUCACCAAACUUAUUACAGCCCCCCAAAUGGAAAAGGAUGGAAAUCAUUUUCUUAAAAUACUCAAAGGCGAACAGGAUCGUCUGUUAGCGCUGGCCGCUCUUGCUGAAAAGUACAUAGAUGCCUUGACUAAUAAUCCUGAUAUCACAGAGGACACCUUUGGACUGCUGCGGGCUGCCUCUGGGAAGGCCCGUCUUCUGGCCUCGAAGAAAAUGAAACAAUUUGAGGGCCUAUGUCACAACAAUUUGAAUCCCUCACCAGAGGAUGCGUUUCCCACAACAGUCGACGAUUUGCAAGGAUUCUGGGACAUGGUUUAUUUACAGGUGACCCAGGUUGAUUCCAUAUUUGCCGAUAUUGAUCAGCUUAAAAUGAAUGAUUGGAAGGCCACAGCUGAACCGCCCGCGGUGGAGACGGUGUCUAAAACGAUAAAAUCGACGAAAACGGGACUUUUUAAAGCGAAAACUGCCGGAUCGACAAAAAUCGCGAGUGCGAAUGGAUCGAAAUCCGCUGCUGCGAAUUCGAUAGCAACACUGCGACGAGAAGCCCAGAGGAAGCAAUUACUGGAGAUGAAGCGUCAGCGCCGUGAGGCCAUGGCCGCUGUGACAAAUAGUCCAACUGCCUGUGAUGACGGCGCAGGGCAGCAGGGGGAAGGAAUCGGCGGGGAUAGUUCUGCCUUUUUGGGCGUCAAGAACAGCAGCUAAAUAGUGCUCAUUGCAACCGGCAAUACAUGCUCUCUAGGUAUAAAUGUAUUUAAUCUUAACACACUUAACACUCACAAAUGUAAACCACACCCAUACUCGUACACACAAACAUAACAAGAACAUACUACAUAUGCUUAGAAAUUCCUAGUUGAAUUAAUCCUUAACUAGUCCCAACUAAAAUGCACAUAGUGGAGCUGGACUGCUUAACCAUAGAGCUGUUACAUCUGUGUUUUACAAAGUGUCACAAACGUAGAGACCAAAAGCAGGGUCGAUAGAGCGAGCGCAACAUCAUCGAUAGCGAAGUUGAAGGAUUUUUAGCGCCUUGAAUUGUUUAUAAAAUUUGCCUUAUCUGCGCUCGUUAAGCAACUUAGCUGUACGCAUUCUAAGCUACUUGAAAUUGUUCAUGACAGUUAUAAAAGACAUUUCUUCUUGUGUUAUAACACAAGAAAUAAGUACAAAAAAAAAACAACAACAAAAAAAACGCUAACAAACCCCUUGUAUUAGACAAAUCGAUCUUUUAUAUUAAUUAUUUGAAUGUAACGAAUCUAAAUUAUACACGCAUAUAUAUUUUUCUGGCAUAUUAACAGCUGCAUGAACUGAGAUUGAUUAUUCUAGUUGUGAAGUUGUGAAGUGAAGCUGCAUGUAAGAAAGCACUCUCAAUCUCACUCUCAAUUAAGUUGUAAUGUUUUGUAAUAAAUUAUUUUUCACAUGUGGUAA